AUGGUAAGGCCCGACCGCCACCGCCACCAAUUCAAGGUUAUCUCUGCCAAUGUACGUGGUCUUCGAACGAACAUCGGAGACCUAACCCACAACUGUGUACUACGAUACGGUGCAGAUGCAGUUGUGGUGACGGAGACCUGGCUGAACGGAGAGGUGGAGCCAUCCUUCGGCAAAAUAGGUGGCUACACUCACUGGGCGAGGAGAGACCGACAGGAUAGAGCUGGAGGCAGAGUGCCUGUCUGCUUCAGGGAAGGAGUGCAGGCACAACAACUCGGCGUGGACGUGCCGCCUCAGCUGGAGGUGAUGUUUUUCCGGGUUGUGCUGGCCAACCACUCUGCCCUCUUGCUGUGCGCCACGUACCGCCUCCCCCGGCAGGGGCCUGACUCGCUCCUGUACCUCAAGGAGGCCCCAGAUGUCCUCCUUGUGACUCACCGCUGCCAACACAUCUUGCUUGUGGGUGACCUCAACCACCACCUGGAGCGCGACGCCUACGAGAACCUCCUGACGGUGCAGGGCCUGAAGGACCAUGUGACCUUCCCCACUCAUGAGCGGGGCGGGAUCCUGGACCCCGUCAUAUCCGACCUGGAGGAGGACACACUCAGCUGCCACCAGCUGGGUCUCGUGGGCAGCUCUUACCACCAUGCUGUCCUGACCCAGGUGGACAUGGGUGUGGCUCGUGACGAAGCCACCACUCGCACAGGUGGAGCGGAGGUACAGGCCUUCACUUCCCGCCUCUUGGCGCUCCAGGAGCAACACGUGCCCCACCGUGAGUUCGUCGCCAGCCCAACGGACCAGCCUUGGUUUGGCUACCGCUGCCGCGUUGCCGCCGAGGCGAAGUAUUCUGCGUGGCUCCGCUACAAGCAGAGUGCUACUCGGCGCAACAAAGACCUACAUCGUGCGGCCUGCAAGAGGAUGGUGACGACCUGCCGGUGGGCCGUAGGGAGGUGGGAGGAGGACCUGCGGCGCCAGCUAGGAGGCCCUGGAGUGAGCAACAAGACUUGGUGGUCCCUUGUUAAGGGCAGACAGGGCCUCAACCGUCAAGACACUGUCCCUCCUCUCACAAGGCCCGACGGAACAGUGGUCACCAGCAGCAAGGACAAAGCCCAGCUGCUGGCCACCCUUUUCGCCGGGAAGAUGGAGGUGGACGACCCUGAAAGGUCACCGCCUCUUCUGGAGCAGCAGUGCAGAGAGACUGUAACCAAGGUGGAGGUGACGCAGGGGCUUGUCGAGCGUCUGCUGCAGGGGCUCGAUGUACAAAAAGCUGCCGGUCCCGACAACAUCAGCCCGCACGUUUUGAAACAAUGUGCCCGCGAGCUGGCUGUACCCCUCACCACAGUCUUCUCUGCCUGCUUAUGGGAAAAUACCUGGCCCUUAGUGUGGAAAGAGGCCCGGGACAAUUACCUCCUCUCGGACCAACAGUUUGGGUUCAGACCUGGGCGGUCCACCUCCGAUCUCCUCAUGCUCCUCACCGGGGGCUGGCAGGACGCCCUUGACGGCGGCCUCGACUCUGUUGUGGUGGUCCUGGAUAUAGCGGGCGCCUUCGACAGGGAGUGGGGGGCACGCUGGCAGGUGACCUUUGCUCCGGAGAAGACACAGGCAAUGGUAGUUUCUCGAUCCCCCGCUGCCGAGCCAGCAGUGGAGGGAGGGCUAAGCUUUGGUGGCCUUCCUCUCGAACUCCAGGAGUCCGUCAAGAUUCUGGGGGUGGAGGUGGAUCAAGGACUGCGGUUUGACCGCCACCUCAAACACAUUGCCCUUAAGGCCUCAUACCGAGUCUCCUCCUUGAGGAGGGUGGCCAACUUGCUCGACAGGAGAGGGAGGCUCUUCCUCUACAAGGCCCAGAUACGGCCUUAUUUAGAAUAUGCAGCCAUCUCCUGGAUGUCCUGUGCUGCCACACACAUCAGCAAGCUCGACGGCAUCCAGCGACGGGUGCUGCGACUGGUGGAAGCAGCAGGUGCCCCAGCCCAUCCUGAGGUUCCCAUCGACACGCUAGAACACCGCAGGGACGUGGCGGCCCUUGUGGUGUUCCACAAGGCACAGGCCGACUGGCGGCUGACUACUGUGGCUAGUAAUAAUGACUGGGAGCUCCGUGAUGCAGUACGAUAUCUGCUGGUGUACUAG